ACUGUUAAUAUAACUGCACCCUUCUACAGCUAUCCGGAUAUUAGUCAAGUAGAGUUUAGAUUUCAGAAUGGUACAAAAGUAACAAACUCCAGUAAAUAUGGUGUGUAUUACAAGAAACAUAUUAGUAAAAGAUAGGUUCUAUGGACAACAUGUUAAACUGGAAGGAUACAUUGCUGUACUUCGAAUAAUGAGUGAGGUGGAAACAGAUUUCACGAAUUACACUUUGGUACUUGGCAAUGUAAUUGGGUCUACGAAUAUGACUUUAAAACAUAUAUCAGAAAGUAGACCAUCAGUUCCCAAGUUCUUCAAUUAUACUGGAUUAGUCAAUAGUGUUCCGACAUUUUUGCUAGUAGGAGGCUUCAAUGGAGGACGACUGCAAACAUUUGUUAUAGAAACUGCUAUAGCUGGCACUGACAAAUGGGUGGAGCAACUUAGAUUCAGCGAAAAAGACAGAACUUUUUUACAAAAGGAUAUAUUAACUUUCAUAUUCAAUAUAACGGGGCUUUGGCCAAAUUCUUAUGAUGUACGUGUUCGUGUUGGGAACGAUAUAGAUUGGAUACCUGAUCAUGUUGCUCCGAAAAUCCACUUUACAAUUACAAGUGAUGAUGAAGAAAUGCAUUCAUCUCCUGUUGCAAUAAUUGUUGGCAUUACACUCGGAGUUUUAAUCUUCAUUACUGUGAUAGUUGUUGUUGUCGUUCUGACCAGAAAAUUGAAAUUAUCAGGGGGAAAAAAGAGACAAGAAAUAAACGAAAUGUAA